UCGUGCAUUUUGCGCACGUAUUUCAAACGACCAGCACCAACUGGCGGAUUUUCUGAAGGAGAGAGCAUUUAAUUCAGCCAGAGCGGUCGUAUACGAGACGAAAGUUAGCUCGACCGCCAAAAGGAGGGAAGCAAAAGUGUAUGGAUAACGAUAUUUACACAAAAACCUAAGGUAAGCUUCUUUAACCUUCGAGUGCUUACUGCUGAAUCUAACGGUUCUCUCAGCAAAGUGCUAACGAGAGCACUACACGGGUAAACUGUUAGUCGACGGACUGUCUUCACGAAGUAAACUUAAACAGAGAUGAAUUUCAGAGUACAUUAUUAUUUCAGUGUGUUUCUGUAGUACUUACUCGGGGACUUGUUCGUCUAAUUCGGGAUUUACUUCAGUUUGUUCAAUUCUGCACUGUAGGCGCGCAAAUGCAGCUCUGUAAUGUUAGCGGGUGCUUUCUGAAAAGUAACAUUUAUUCAGAUAUGUACAUCGGAUAAUGACUUCAAGGCAGUUCUAUCACAGUCAAACACUUCCUAAAAUAGAUGCAUUUAAAGUCUGUAAACUGAAGCUGCUUGUCUGUGAGUGUUCACGUCACUGUUGCCUUUGCGCCAAAUCUCAUCGCGCCAAAAUCGGUUUAAAUAGAGAAAAGUGUUCGGCGGAGAAGAAUUACACCCCCUUCAAAAUGUGCUUUACCACUUUAAUGCAGACUUAACCAUAUGUUAUGUGUAUGUUAAACUUGAGGCAGUCCACUUGUGUUGUCUGAUUGAGGUAACAUUGCUAAGUUUGCUUACAGGAGCCAUGUUAGCUGGCUCGGCUACUACGAAAACGGAUUAAUCUUGAUUUCAUCUCCUGGUUUGUCUUUCUAUCUAGAAAUCCACACACUGCACGGUGUACAUGUUUCACUGGAAGAAAGUCAUCAUGAAAUGCCCCAGCUACGAGGCUCCAAAAGUGAGCAAUAUGGAGAAAAGCUAUGCUACAGAAGCCAAGAUGCUUCACUUCAAAGCCUCCCCCGUGAAAGAGCCCCCACCCAUCAAACCUCAGGGUCCACCUGCAGGACUGACCACUGUGUUGUUCUCGCUCAACAACAACUCCAGAGCAGUCCACAACAAGGAAAACAGCACCAACAAGGAGCAUGACAGAUCCUCAGAUGAUGAAGUGUUUGAGGAUAGUGGUUAUUUGUCUUUGCAUAACAGUCAGAUUAAUGAUCAUCAUGGGGAGGAAGAGGACCACAUCCAGGAGAAACCAACAACCUUGCUUUCUAAUGCUGCUUCACCGAAUAAAAAGACAGUAUCGCCAAAGAAAUCUCCCUCCAAAUGUCUGCUUCGAAGUAGCCGUUCAGUGGCUAGGGUGGCACCGUCCACUCCAGUGGACUGUCAGAGGAGAGCAACCACAUACUCACUAUCAUCCACACCAAAAGACAACCAGGCUGACCCCAACCUGCCAAUACUGAAGUUCCAGCGGGCUGUGUGUGAACAGCUUGCCAAGAGCUAUCAGAAAAAUAAAAGGUAGGAAUACAUCCUUCUUUGGGGUCUUAAUAGCUGCCAAAAUAGAAAAGAAAAUGUGAGUUUUACACUGUGGGUAAUCAAGAAGCAGAAUAAUAAAAAUAAAAAAUUCUACUUGAGCAUUUUAAAUAUAUUCACAAAAGUUUUUUUUUUUUUUUGUCAAAUAGUGUUGAAUCUAAAUUCCUAUUAGGUGAACGAAAUACACCCACACUUGCGUUUCUGUACUAAGUAAAUAAAAAUUGUAUCCUUGUGUUUCAGGUACGACUGGAGCAUUCCCUCACAGGUAGCGGAGGAUCACCUCUUGGAUCGAGUGAUUGGAGGGCAGAUGGGCCUGGAGUUUGUUGAUGUGUUUUCAGCUCUGCUGUCCAGGAACAUGAGGAGCCUCUUGACCAAGAUCCUGGCCAUGCUGAGUGACAUGGAUCUCAUCAGGUAGUCAAAAAAGUUCUGAUCUAUGAGGGGUUUCGUACUUGUAUGAAAUCGAGCAUAUCUAUAGAUCUCUAAACAUGGUUAAGGUUGACCAAUUGAGACUAAUUAAAUCAACAAGAAACCUUGUGAUCAACAAGGCAAGUUAUACAGUAUAACUAAAGGCUAAUAUUUACUGCCUCCACCGCUUUCAUGAAAAAACAAUAAACAUGGGAAGUGGGAUGCUUACAUGUCCAAAAUAAUGUGAAAAUUUAUAGAUUUACAAUUUUACCUGGAAAAUUAAUGUAGAAAUGUGUCCACAAUUCUACCUUCUUUUCAGUUUCUCAUUCUUUUCUCGUGGUCUUGAUUCAAAGGUGUAAGAAGGUGAGCAGAACAUGGAGAAAGAUCAUCUCUGAGGACACAGCCUCUCUAAGCAGGUGUCAGAAAGUCAAGCAGGCAGCUGAGGUAAGAAGAUCAACUACUACAACACACACACACUCGAUCCAGAACAACACUACAAAAUUUGUUGACUUAACUGAUGAUUGAGAUUCUUAACAAGCUUGAGCUCUUUUCAUUUAACCACUGCCACCUUUCUGCUACAUAAGCGGAUGCAUAUGGUGUUCAAACCUUACAGUUUAGUCUUUUAGAUGUCACAAAGUGGAAUACUGCACUGCUUAAAUCUUGGUUUGAAGGUGUUUGUCUGAAAGUUGUACCACACGUUCUUCAUGUUAAAGAUCCCUUUUUAUUCUCUUUCAGGAGUCACAGGGCUGUCCCUCAGAGAAGGGCUGUGGUCUAACCAGAGAUGUGGCUGUGUCCAGGCUGGUGCUGUCCAGCAUGCAGACCCUGGCCUCACCAUCAUCUUCGUCUUCAACGAGCAGCAGAGCCACCAGACAGGCAGCGUCUUCGCAGAAGGGCAGCACACCUGACUCCAAGUGUACACGCUUCAAUGAUUAUGUGCAGGUGAGCUUUAGUGUGCAUAUUGGUGCUGCAAAGAGCAUGCAGAGUAUUUCUUGAUGGACUAAACCAGUAAAUUAUCUCCCUGUGGAUAUUUUGGUCUUUUCAUUGUCAAAGAUGUGCUAUUAUGAUUCAAAUACAAAGUCAUCUGUGGACUGAGAUUUUUCUUUUUUUUUUUUUUUUUUGCCAACUCCAAUGCAUACACUGCAUCAAGUCUUUCCUCUAGUUAACAGAUUUGUUUUCCUCCUUUGUCCAGGCUGCCAACACUCUUAAGCAGCAUGAGUCUCUACGUUCCUGCAAAUGUUGCGGCUCACCAUCCACAUACUCAGCCGAAGCUCGCAGAGCUACGUGCACUCGCCCCAGCUGCCAGUUUGACUUCUGCACUCGCUGUCAGCAGAGUUUCCACGGCUCAACCCCCUGCAGAGAGGUGCAGCCCAGAUCCCACCUCACUUCCUCCAGAUCAACUCAGAUCUUACCAGGCAGUGCUCGCAGCAAGAGGAACAUCCGGCGCCUGUGAGGAGGCUUUAAUGAAGUUUUAAUCACUGACUGUUUUAACUGGAUGGGGCAGUCUUUCCCUCCAUGGCUCAGACAGCUGGGAAAGUUUUUGCACAAGCUUGGCUGGGAGUGGCACCUGCGUGUGCCUGUAGGAAGAAACUGUUACAAACUCUGGCUCGAGCCAACAGAAUAAAUAUGACUGAAGCACUUCAAACACUGCUGGUAUAAUCAACCAGAGAGUGUCAUUUCACUGAAAAAUGUCGCCUGUAAGCGACAAACCCAAAAGAAAACAAAUUGUACAGUUUUACUGAGUUUUAAAAUGAAAUGGAUGUAAAUAUGCUACAUUUUAAUAAAAUGGUUUUUAUUUGUUGUUUUGGAAAUAAAUGUUGAUCCUCAGGUGG